UUGAAAUAUCGCGAUUCGCGAGACUACAUACAGGAAGUCAGACUCCACAUGGCGAGAGACGUUUGUGUUAUAACAAGACAUCCAUGCCGGGACAAAUGAAGCGUCUGAAGGAUGCAGUGAAGAUUCUAGGUUCUGGCAGCGUGUUGUUUGUCUCCUACCUCACCGCUGUGGGAGAUGAACGCUUUUAUGCCCACCAGCUCGUGCCCCUGCUGCAGAGAUUCGUGGGGGCAGAGACUGCCCACGUCUUGGCUGUGAGGUUCAUCAGUCUGGGUCUGGUGCCGCGGAACAGUUACCGGGACCCAGCAUCACUGGAGGUGAACAUCAUGGGUCGUACGUUUAGGAACCCCAUAGGGAUGGCAGCAGGCUUUGACAAAGAUGCGGAGGCUGUUGACGGGCUAUAUAGACUAGGCUUUGGCUUUGUUGAGGUUGGGACCAUCACCCCCAAGCCCCAGGAAGGAAACCCCAAGCCACGUGUGUUCAGACUGAUCUCUGACAAGGCAGUUAUUAACAGAUAUGGAUUCAACAGCUGUGGUCUUUCAGCCGCACGUGAGAGACUAAGGGCAAGAGAAGGCACCCAAGCUGAGCUGACUCAAGCUGGCCUACCCCUGGGCAUUAACCUGGGAAAGAACAAGCUUUCACCGGAUGCCGCAGAAGACUUCCUGGAGGGGGUGAGGAUGCUGGGCCCGCUGGCUGAUUACCUGGUGGUCAACGUGAGCAGUCCUAACACCCCAGGCCUCAGGGACCUGCAGGGGAAAGGGAAGCUGUGUCAACUGCUGGACAAGGUGCUGAGGGAGCGUGAUGCCCUGCCGAAGGGACGCAGGCCACCUGUACUGGUGAAAAUCGCACCUGAUCUCACCCUCCAGGAUAAGCAGGACAUUGCCGAUGUGGUCACAGAGCUUGGUGUGGAUGGGCUGAUAGUAUCCAACACCACAGUAUCCAGGCCGACAACCCUACGGGACCCCCAGAGUAAAGAGGAGGGAGGGUUAAGCGGUCAGCCCCUCAAAAAAAUCUCCACAGAUCUUGUGGGAGAGAUGUACAUCUUGACAAAAGGUAAGGUGCCAAUCGUUGGAGUUGGGGGUGUGGCCAGUGGGCAAGAUGCCCUUGACAAGAUCCGUGCUGGAGCGUCAUUGGUCCAGCUGUACACUGCUUUAACCUAUCAGGGUCCACCAAUUGUCACCAAAAUCAAAAGGGAACUAGAACAGCUUUUGAAUGAACAAGGAUUUGCAAGCGUGUCCGAUGCAGUGGGGGCUGACCAUAGGCGUGUUGAUGAAAGACUUUAACAGCAGAGUCAACAGGGACAAGGAUUGAGUCUUCAACCGGAUCAGUUGAAGGCUGUGGGUCAUGUUUCUCGCACAUCUUAACUAUAGUGUACAUAUGAGACACUAACACGCAAAACAUUUAGUACACCCUUGACAUCCCACUCAAAAGAAAAACGCCUUACACAGUAUUCAACAGGGCAGGAAAAGGAGGAAAAGUCCUCUUGGACUAUUUG